UUAGCCGUCAACUAUCUGAAAAACUUAAGCUUAUUGAAGAACAAUCCGAAAUAAUCCGUGAAUUGCAAAAUUCAAUGAAAGAGUUGAGAGAGGGUCAAACGCAAACCAGUCAGGCGCCGUCGGAAGGUGAAUUCGAUCGUCCGAAUGUUCUUGAUCCAACUUCACCCGCCGGAAGUAUUGUGCUAGAACAAUUAUCACUGCUCGCUAAGCAAAUCGAAGAUUUGAAACGAACCAAAGAAAUUCCAGAAACGUCUGCACCGGUAAGAACGUGUGAAAACACAUCACGAAUCACAAUGAAAGAUGCACUCGCAUAUAUUCCGACGUUCGAUGGAUAUAAUAUUAGCGUCACGCAAUUUAUGAGAUCUUGCAACCGGGCUUGUUCAAUGUUGAAUCAAUCAACUAUACCAAUGUUUCUAGCCCUCAUUCGCCAAAAAUUUACCGGACGCGCCCGAACAACACUUGAAAAUUUGGAGUAUCAAACCGCCUCUGAGCUUGAAUCUAAACUGCGCGAUUUUUUCGAUCCUAUUCGCACUGCAAACCAGUAUAAAGCAGCCCUCGAAAAUGUCUGCAAAAAAUCGCAUGAGCAUGUAGUCGAUUAUAUUAAUCGUGUUAGAAAUUUAUAUUGCGAUGUGAUAAAUGCCGAAACGCUUGAACGCGAGUGUUUGUCCACUGAAGAAAAAUGCAAACUUGAAAAAGAUGCCAUCAAUGCUUUUCUUAACGGCUUGCCACCGUCGCUUCGUGUACAAUGUCUCGCUAAACCGCAUAACUCACUUGAACAAACUUUCAAAACCACCGUCGAAAUAUACAAAAUUUUUGAACGUGAUUCUAAUAGAUUCAAUGAACCAGAAAAUUUUAUUGGUGUCACUCAAUUACAACCAGGGCAGAAUAACUUGAUCCCCCAUCACAGUAGCUCCUCAAACAAUCUAAGCCAAGAGCAUCACCAAAAUCAGCGAUUAAGUCCUCAAAAUCCACAUGGUAGUAAUUUCUCCCGCAACUUCAAUCAGUACGCUAACAAGAAUCAAGGGAAUAAUCAUAGGAACUACGGUAAUCCCGGUUAUAAGCAUCCUAAAACUGGUCCAAACCAUACAACCUAUCCAUUGCCUCAGAAUUUCCAAAAUAAUCAGAAUUACAAAACCCCUCAAUCAUUCCCAAAUUACCGAAACUCAUCCAAUUCCCAAAAUUACCAUGAAAUUCGGAAUUUUCAAAACGUAGAGGGAAAUUUCAAUUCACGGCAUAAUCAGGGUAUUAAACCAGACUAUAUUCCUGGGACCUUUUGCGAGCUAUGUCGCACCCCAGGCCAUAAUUUGUCAAAUUGCAGGAGGCUAGCAUUCAUGAAUAGGCAAAAGGAAAUGCAUUCAAAAAAUGGGAAUCUCCCCGGACAGAACGUCGACGGGACUACGGGGAGCGAAUCGAAAGAAAACCCGUCGGUUACUCAACAACUUACGAAACCAUUGACCGGAAUCUUGAAUCUAAAUCCACCCCUCCCAUCGUCAGUCCUAAAUCAAUGAA